AUGAAAUUUCUCACCAGUAUCCUCGCUCUCGCAGCCAUUGCCGGAGUAUCCGCCAUGCCCACCUCCAACAGCGUCACCACAAACACAGUCACCAGUGGCGAGUUCACUUACAAUGGCGAAGGAGUCGUAGUUGACAUUCUCAGGACUUCUCCCUUCAGUGCAGCGGCGGCAUUAACCCGCCCCAUGCAGACUGCGAGCCUGGGAAAUGCCAAUGCCGAGGGGACUAUGGUUGCUGGUCAUGCAAAGGGGGGCGCAUGCAGUGCCAGCCGGGACCGGGCUCUGGAACUUGCUGGACCUGAUUUGGGGGGUUAUAUCUCGCUAGAUGUGCAUGUCUCUACGGUUAUUAUUUAU